AUGUCUUCAUUGCAGCAGCAACGUAACAGUAGCGCCAAGCCUGGUGAGACAAGCCAUGCAUUUCUCAAAGCUUUGGAUUCUUACGAUACUUGGAGGAAGAUGCUCUGCGAAUGCGAUGAGUCCUACGUGCUCGUUUGCGACCGCCUGGCGGAAGGUUCAGUCAGGCACCAUGAGUCCUUCCAUCGCUUGAGACAGGCCGCAAGAGCCGGGUGUCACCUUUGCAAUCUCAUAGAACUAUAUUGCACUAUCUCCCCUAUCGAUUCAGACCUGCCUGUCAUGCUCAAGGUCGACAUCAGAAAUACAGGCGGGCGGAAUUAUGCAUUCGAUGUUAGCGUCGACAAGGAUUGCACUGAGAUUCGGCUAGGCUUGAAAGAUAACAAAUAUGCACCAUCACAGCUCGCUGGGACAUAUUACCAUCCCGCCGGCGAGAUCCCCGACGCGAUGUUCGACAUGAUUAGGGACUGGCUGCGGCAAUGCCAGGCUGAUCAUCAAGAAUGCCGUGAUGAUUCCCCGACACAUAUACCUACAAGGCUAGUCGACGUAGGUACGCUUGACUCGAGUACAGUUCAUCUCAUAGAGACUGGAAAUGGAUUUCAUGCGCCGUACCUGACGCUGAGUCACUGCUGGGGUCAGAAUGCCAAUAUUGUUCGUAGGACUGUUGGAGGAAAUUUGGAGAUCCCCUUAAAGAACUUGCCACGGACGUUCAAAGAUGCUAUUACGGCCACGAGGAGAUUAGGCUUUACUUACCUUUGGAUUGACUCGCUCUGCAUCAUCCAAGGCGAUAAAAUCGACUGGGAACGUGAAAGUGCCAACAUGGCAAGCAUCUAUUCAAAAGGUAUCCUGAACCUUGCAGCGACCUACUCCUCAGACAGCCAUGGAGGUCUGUUGUUAGAACGGAACCAGCACCACGUCACCUCGUGUUCCUGGAAGCAGCAGAUUGACCCAGUAUCCUCGCGCAACCUCUGGGGAGACUGGAUGCAAUCUAGACAAGUUUGUUGGACCUUUGAUCCCCAGUCCGAAUUUGACGAGCUAGGUCUCGGAAGGCCCUUGCCACUCACCAGCAGAGGUUGGGUGUUGCAGGAGAAUGUGCUCUCACCGAGGACAGUGCACUUUCUUCCAGGGGAGAUCAUCUGGGAAUGCCGCGCACUGUCGGCUAAAGAAUCAAUCUACUGUCGUCCAGCCGGGCAACCUCAACAAUUUAGGGGAAAAUUUGCCUCGUCGCCUGAGACAGUCCCAGUGACGCGCAACGGCCCUAAGAACUUUUUGAGAACUGACUCAGGCGACUCAGGCGGCCAGGAGACUACCUCAGAGCUAACGAGUGGUGCAACGUCUAACCAAAAGCCCCAAGGCCAACUCUAUAGCCAAUGGUACGACAUGGUCACGCAGUAUAGCCAAAAAGACUUAACCAGAUCGGAGGAUCGGCUGCCGGCUAUUUGGGCGCUGGCACAGAAAUUUCAAGAGAUGACAGGUGACGAAUACUUUUCCGGAAUCUGGAAAGACGAUAUCCUUACUGGCCUCCUUUUCAAGAGAUUCCAGCCGCGACCUGGAUGUAGCACGAAGCAAACCCGCGGUGGUCCGUCAUGGUCUUGGGCGUCUACAGAAUGCCGAGUGGAGUUUGAACGUGCCACUGCGCCCCCGUCCAGCUCUUCGGUGGAGAUGGACCGGUUUCCAGACGCAUCCUUACAAAGGUUUGUCAUUGAUCCAACUGAGCCUCGGUCUCUAUCCAUGGGCCGGACACGUCGAGCGGAGCUAGAAAUCCAGACCCUGGCAAGGGACGUGGUCGGUAAGCGCCAUGAUUGGAAUCCAUCGCCCGGAAAGAAGGUUGCUAAAGCGAUGGGGAUCACCACUCCUUUGAGCGGUCAUGGUCUUCAUUCGAAGAUAUGGAGGAGUUAUGAAGAACUAAGUAGCGAGUAUGACCGCCAAGUACGUCGGUGGCCGGGCUUUUUCGAAUUGAGUUUCAAGGAAAGAUGGAUCAGAGAGAGAACAUCUAGGCAAGGCAGCUACCUGCCGUCUUUAAGUUUGGGUACUGAUUGUUACUUCGGGUGGGCCGGAGCGAAGUUCAUCGAAGAGGAACGUUGGAAGAAGAGAAACAACACCGGUCGAAGCCAUGGACAGGACAAAAUUCUCAUUUGCGGCUCUUUCGACCUCGACUUUGAUACUAUCGAAUUGGCAAACAGUUAUGAGGGAAAGCCUGUGCUCUGUUUGCAUAUUAAAGGAAGGUAUGGGUUAUUGGCAGAGCUUGAUGGUAGCUCACAGAUGUACCGCAGGGUUGGGAUUUACAGGCACGCGACAGGAAAGUAUGAAAUAGAUGCCUGGGAACCCAUGACAGUCACGCUUAUAUAG